UCUGUUAUUUCUCUAGUGUUGUUAAUAACAAUACUUGUAGUGGAAGGGAUUGCUGUGGCCCAAAAGACCCAAGAUGGACAAAAUAUUGGAAUCAAGCACAUUCCUGCAACCCAGUGUGGAAUUUGGGUUCGAACCAGCAAUGGAGGUCAUUUUGCAUCACCAAAUUAUCCUGACUCAUACCCACCAAAUAAGGAGUGUAUCUACAUUUUGGAAGCUGCUCCACGUCAAAGAAUAGAGUUGACCUUUGAUGAUCAUUAUUAUAUAGAACCAUCAUUUGAAUGUCGGUUUGAUCACUUGGAAGUUCGAGAUGGGCCAUUUGGCUUCUCUCCACUUAUAAACCGUUACUGUGGUGUGAAGAACCCUCCAUUAAUUAGAUCAACAGGGAGAUUCAUGUGGAUUAAGUUUAGUUCUGAUGAAGAACUUGAAGGACUGGGGUUUCGAGCAAAAUAUUCUUUUAUUCCAGAUCCAGAUUUUACCUACUUAGGAGAUUGCCAGUUUGAGCUCUCAGGAGCUGAUGGAAUAGUGCGUUCUAGUCAGGUAGAACAAGAAGGAAAAACAAAACCUGGCCAAGCAGUUGAUUGCAUAUGGACGGUGAGAGCUACUCCAAAAGCUAAGAUUUAUUUGAGGUUCCUAGAUUAUCAGAUGGAACACUCCAAUGAAUGCAAGAGAAACUUUGUUGCAGUCUAUGAUGGAAGCAGUUCUAUUGAAAAUCUGAAGGCCAAGUUUUGCAGCACCGUGGCCAACGAUGUAAUGCUGAAAACAGGAAUUGGGGUGAUACGAAUGUGGGCAGAUGAAGGUAGUCGGCUCAGCAGGUUUAGAAUGCUGUUUACUUCUUUUGUGGAACCUCCCUGCACAGGCAGCACUUUCUUUUGCCAUAGCAACAUGUGCAUAAAUAAUUCUUUAGUCUGUAAUGGUGUCCAAAACUGCGCAUAUCCUUGGGAUGAAAAUCAUUGUAAAGAAAAGAAAAAAACAGGACUGUUUGAACAAAUCACUAAAACUCAUGGAACAAUUAUUGGCAUUACAUCAGGGAUUGUCUUGGUCCUUCUCAUUAUUUCUAUUUUAGUACAAGUGAAACAGCCUCGAAAAAAGGUCAUGGCUUGCAAAACUGCUUUUAAUAAAACCGGAUUUCAAGAAGUGUUUGAUCCUCCUCAUUAUGAACUGUUUUCACUAAGGGACAAAGAGAUUUCUGCAGACCUGGCUGACUUGUCAGAAGAACUAGACAGCUACCAGAAGGCACGCCGCUCCUCCACGGCCUCCCGCUGCAUCCAUGACCACCACUGUGGGUCGCAGGCGCCCAGUGUCAAACAAAGCAGGACCAACCUCAGUUCCAUGGAACUUCCUUUCCGAAAUGAUUUUGCACAACCACAGCCAAUGAAAACAUUUAAUAGCACCUUCAAAAAGAGUAGCUACACUUUCAAACAGGCACAUGAGUGCUCUGAACAGGCCCUAGAAGACAGAGUAAUGGAGGAGAUUCCCUGUGAAAUUUAUGUCAGGGGACGAGAAGAUUCUGCACAAGCAUCCAUAUCCAUUGAUUUUUAAUCUACUAAAGGUGAUAUUAAUGAUUAAGUAUGUAUGUAUGCCGUCUACAGAGCACCCAUACUAUUUUCAGCAGCCAGCCCUUUUCCCCUAUCAAAUCAAGGCAGACCUUCAUUUCCCAUUAACUAUUGUAAUGGUGAAGUUUUUAUUAUCUCAGGCAGUCUAUAUAUGUUAAAACAACCAAGGAACUUUCUCCAUUCAGUGAAAAAAAUAAUCAUCUAUUGCUUGGUGUCAUAUAAGCAAAACACCAGUUAAAUAGCAUUUGAAGAGGAGAGUAGUCAUGUUGAGCCAGGCUCAGGCUGCCUGCCAGUCUUUGCAGCAGGAACACAGCUCUUGAUUGAUCCAGCUCUGUCAAUUUUUUGAUCCCACAAAAAGUUUAAACCUAAGAUUUUUCUUUACAUUCCUUUGAUUUUUCUUUCCUCUUAUUUGUUUUAUAAGCCAGUACCUUUACCAUUUCAGUUUCUUACAUAAAUAUAAGUGGUUAACGUGCCACACAUAUUUCAGUAAAGGCAUCUGUUUUAGAAUUUGUCAAAAUAAACUAGUUACUGUGGUAAGUGCCAAUUAUGUUUCGUCCAUCUGUUUCUUCUUGACUAAUUUCUGUACUGCUUCCUUUUAAUUACUGGAUCCUUAGUCUUUAUUUCCCUUGAAAAGUAGAGGAUAUGAUUUAUCACCUUUAAGACAUAUUCUGUCUUAGUUAUAUUAUACUAGAAAAUUUCAUAAUCCUGAGACAUAUACACCAUUGCCAGUUACAACAUAAAACUUUUGGAAAAAAUUACAUCUUCUAGAAACCCUUUGAAAUUUCCCAAGUUUGGUCACUUUCAGUGAUAACUGUGAGCAGUCAUUUAAUUCAUUUUGGGGGAGGCCUGUAGUUAUGUUUAUUUCCAGCAUUUCACAUCACCAGACCUGUGUUUCCUGAUUUUUAAAAAAAUUUACUUCCUCCCUUUGUAUUGGCUUAUCUCAUGGCAUAUGGUAACCAAGGUUAUAUGAGAGUUAAAGGAAAACUCUAAGAAACUGUAAAGCCUUUAGAUUGCUUCUUACUUGGGACAAUACAUUUUUCUAGUUCUUACCAAGAAUAACAACUUCCUUUUUUUUUAAACUGCAUUUUUGACCUGUUUUUUUUUAUGGUAUAUAAACAAUUUAUAAACAUGAUAUAAAAACUCAUUGUGUUUUUUUAGACUUUUGAUAUUAUUUGAUACUGUAUAAACUUUAUUAAAUCAAGAUUAAAGACCUUCAUGACAGA